UUCAACGCCAGGCAGCCCUCCCAGCCAUGUGGGUUUAGCCGAUGGAGAAGCAAACCACACUUCCGAAAAUGUUAGGCGCUGCUUUUCCCGUACUGUGGGGACGUGGGAUCCGGAGCUGGUUUUCAAAUCAAAGCAUUUCUUGAAUUGAAUUUCAGCGUUUUGCUGUCCUUUGGGUGUUUUCAUCUGGUCUUCAUCAGUUCUACCAGACACUUCCUGCGAGGAUGGGAGCAGGAGCUCUCGCCAUCUGUCAAAGUAAAGCAACAGUUCGGCUGAAAGAAGACAUGAAAAAGAUAGUGGCAGUGCCACUAAAUGAGCAGAGGAAUCCUACCUAUAAAAAGUUAUUUGGAGUCAGUCUCCAAGACCUUCAACGGCAGGGCCUCACUGAGAAUGGCGUUCCAGCUGUUGUGGGGAGUAUAGUGGAGUACUUGACCAAGCAUGGACUCACCCAGGAAGGCCUUUUUAGGGUGAAUGGCAAUAUGAAGGUGGUGGAACAACUUCGAUUGAAGUUCGAGAGUGGAGUGCCGGUGGAGCUUGGGAAAGACGGGGAUGUCUGCUCAGCAGCCAGUCUGUUAAAGCUCUUCCUGAGGGAGCUGCCAGAGAGCGUGAUCACCUCAGCCUUACAUCCUCGAUUCAUUCAGCUCUUCCAGGAUGACAAAAAUGAUGCUCAGGAAAGUAGCUUAAGAGACCUAAUAAAAGAGCUGCCAGAUACCCACUAUGGCCUCCUCAAGUACCUGUGCCAGUUCUUGACAAAAGUAGCCAAGCACCAUGUGCAGAAUCGCAUGACUGUCCACAAUCUUGCCACUGUCUUUGGACCCAAUUGCUUUCAUGUGCCACCUGGGCUUGAAGGCAUGAAAGAACAAGACCUCUGCAACAAGAUAAUGGCUAAAAUACUAGAAAAUUAUAAUACCCUGUUUGAAGUAGAGUAUACAGAAAAUGAUAACAAGAGGUGUGAAAACGGAGCGAGGCUUAUCAUAGUAAAAGAAGCCAGUUGUAAGAAUACCCUACCCAUCCUUCUAACAGAAGACUUAGACAUGCAAAAACCAUCUCCAAAAACCAAGAUCCCCAAAUCCAGGAGUGAGAGCUCUAUUGAGUCGCACAGAGCACCACAACCAGAGUUAUCUGAUGGCGUUCCUCAGGUCAGCCUGCGGCUAAAUCAUAGAAAACCCUGCUGGGAUGACAGGAAAUCCACAGAGGGCUCCAGUGAGGCCAAGCUGGUAUCCAGUGCCUGUGUAUCCCAAGUCAGCAAUGUCUCAACAACUGGAGAACUCUUAGAAAGAACCAUUCGGUCAGCUGUAGAACAGCAUCUCUUUGAUGUUAAUAGCCCUGGAGGCCAAAGUUCAGAGGACUUGGAACCUGGAACUUCAUCAGCAUCUUCUACCACAUCCGCCAGACAGAGACGACGCCAAGCCAGGGAGCAGGAUGAAGUUCGGCAUGGCAGAGACAUCGGACUUAUCAACAAAGAAAAUAUUCCUUCUGGAUUCAUCAACCUUGAUGAUUGUAUUUUGAAUGCUCAGGAAGUGGAAAAAUUACAUGAAAAUACUUCGGGUUAUAUUGGAGAAAGGGGCAAACCUAAACGUCAGAAAUCCAGUUCCAAACUUUCUGAGCUCAGUGAAAAUCAAGAUGGCCUUGUGAAUAUGGAAAGCCUCAAUUCCACACCAUCGCAUGAGAGCGCCAGACCUGAUGACGUUGAACUGAUGUCUGGUGAAAGCAAAGAAAAUGAAAGAGACAGUGGACACACCCAGCAUUUUGAGAGCCCCACAAUGAAGAUCCAGGAGCACCCCAGCAUAUCUGACACUAAACUGCAAAGGACUCCGGAUGCCGACGCCCAGCAGGAGAGCUUUGUCUCGGAGGUGCCCCAGCUGGACCUGACCGCAUUGUGUGAUGAGAAGAGCUGGACAGAGCCCAUCCCUACUUUGUCCUCAUGGCAGCAGGAGAAUGUGGACUCUGAUGAAGCGCACCUCUCCCCGCAGGCUGGGCGCCUGAUUCGUCAGCUUCUGGAUGAAGACAGCGACCCCAUGCUCUCGCCUCGCUUCUACGCGUAUGGGCAGAGCAGGCAAUACCUGGAUGACACGGAAGUGCCUCCUUCUCCCCCAGACUCCCAUUCCUUCAUGAGGCGGCGGAGCUCCUCUCUGGGGUCCUAUGAUGAUGAGCACGAGGACUUGACACCUGCCCAGCUCACGCGAAGGAUUCAGAGUCUUAAAAAGAAGAUUCGAAAGUUUGAAGACAGAUUUGAAGAAGAGAGGAAGUAUAAACCUUCCCACAGUGACAAAGCAGCCAAUCCAGACGUUCUGAAAUGGACAAAUGAUCUUGCCAAAUUCCGAAAACAACUAAAAGAGUCAAAACUAAAGGUAUCUGAAGAGGACCUAACCCCCAGAAUGCGCCAGCGGAGCAACACACUCCCGAAGAGUUUCGGUUCCCAACUUGAGAAAGAAGAUGAGAAGAAGCAAGAGCUGGUAGAUAAAGCAAUAAAGCCUACCGUGGAAGCCACGCUGGAAUCCAUCCAGAGGAAACUCCAGGAGAAGCGGACAGAAACGAGCCGUCCUGAGGACAUUAAGGAUAUGACCAAAGACCAGAUUGCUAAUGAGAAGGUGGCUCUACAGAAAGCUCUGCUAUACUAUGAAAGCAUCCAUGGACGGCCGGUAACCAAGAAUGAACGUCAGGUUAUGAAGCCACUAUAUGACAGGUACCGGCUGGUCAAACAGAUCCUGUCCCGAGCCAACACCAUCCCCAUCAUUGGAUCCCCCUCCAGCAAGCGGAGAAGCCCUUUGCUGCAGCCAAUUAUCGAGGGUGAAACUGCUUCCUUCUUCAAGGAGAUAAAGGAAGAAGAGGAGGGUUCAGAAGAUGAUAGCAACACAAAACCGGACUUCACAGUCACUCUGAAAACUGAUUUCAGUGCCCGUUGCUUUCUGGACCAAUUUGAAGAUGAUGCUGAUGCGUUUAUUUCCCCAAUGGAUGAUAAAAUACCGUCAAAGUGCAGCCAGGACACUGGGCUUUCAAAUCUCCAUGCUGCUUCAAUACCAGAACUCUUGGAACAUCUACAGGAAAUGAGAGAAGAAAAGAAAAGGAUUCGAAAAACACUUCGUGAUUUUGAAGACAAUUUUGUCAGACAAAAUGGAAGAAAUGUCCAGAAGGAAGACCGCACCCCUAUGGCUGAAGAAUACAGUGAAUAUAAGCACAUAAAGGCGAAACUACGGCUCUUGGAGGUGCUUAUCAGCAAGAGAGACACCGAUUCCAAGUCCAUGUAGUGGGCAGCCCCAGCCUGAGCUAAGGCGGCUGGUGACACGCGGGGAAUUUGCCACCUGCCUCCCCUGGUAAACAGCAGCUCUGCAGAAACUGGAAGGCAGCCUCAGGGCUGGACCUGCAAAGCAUGUAGCCCUCUGCCUCCAGGCCAUUAGGAUCGGCUCUAGCUUCCAUUGCCUGCCUUAGAAACCGCCUAGAUGGACGAAGGCACCGUGCUCUGACCGAGGAAUUUUGUGAGGGAAAGUCAAGAUUCCUGCGCACGCGUGCACCAACACGCACACUGUAGUGGAAGCUUUACUAACACUAGCAGUGAUAAGUCACUACAUUGAGACACACUCAUCUACAGAGAAUAUACACUGUUCUUCCCCGGAUAACUGAGAAACAGGAGGCUAUUCUCUGUCCGUAACUGUGAUUAAAACCAGCUCAGUACUUCACUCUGGAGAGCAAACUUGCUGGGCCGGUCCCUGUUCUCUUUGGACCCAGUUAAGUGGGAAUGUGCAUUGGAGCCCUAUUUGCUGCCUUGGCCAUUCCUGUGACCUUUCCACAGAGCUGCACCUCCCCCCACUCAUGUGAAUUGUUUCCCCUUCAGCUCUCAGGUAGAUAGAAGCGGCAUCUGCCCUGAAUGGCAGUACAAAAAUCUAUUGGACGGUGUGUUUGUAUGUUUCUCCAAGACUUCCUCAGCUGACAAAGAAUUUUGAGCCCAGUAGGACUGGGUUACCUGCAGAGGACAGAGGGAAUAUAGCAGGAGUUAUAUUAAUGCUGAUUUUUAAAUCAGGUAACAGGGUAAAGAGCCUGGAGAACUCUUUCCUGAACAUUGACUGCACUUACCAGCCUCAGAUGUUAACAUCAGACACUAAGCGAGGCCAGCAUGCUAUGGCAGCAUUUUUGGGGUUCGGUUUCAUUUUGGCACAAGCUAAACAGAAAGGAUCUUGCUUAAUUUCUAGCUGAAGUGUGGAGGAUCAUAAGAGAAAGAGAGAGCACCUGUGUUCUCAACCACUUGAGUAGUUACCAGAGUUCUUUUUUUUUUUUUUUUUAAGUAAGCCUGCACUAAAAUCCCCUAACUGAGGGAUAAAUAUAGCCCUUGGAGUUCAGCCCAAGGCAGAAUCUAAAUCACAUUAUUUUCAAGAUCAUGUAUAAAGAGGACAAAUAAAGGUGUGUGGCCAAUUAUGAUGAUAAUUUUGUCAAAGACUGUGUCACAAAGCUGUCUAUAUUAGACAAUUUGGAGGGACCAGGAAAUUUGAGGCACCAAAUCAUUCAUCUCUUCAAUGUGCUGAUGUCACUUUGUGAUUUGUUGUUACUUUAUAACCCGCCAUGUGCGCACUGGGGAGUGUGGGUCCUGGCUCUGCCUGUCCAUUCCAGGUCCACCUUUGUGCUUUGUGAGGGCGAGUAGGGACAGCACAGCAGCCACUGAGUGCCCAGAAAAGGCAUUUCAGCAUCUCUGCUUUUGGAAGAUAACGUUGCAGUUUGAACAGGACAACAGGAUGUCCUUUUCUAUGUUUUGCCUUCUUAAAGGGUACCACUUGGUUUUGUUUUCUUUUUUUUUUUUUUUUUUAAGAAGACUAAGAAAAGAAAGAGAACGUAAAACCCUACUGGCCAGAUGUCCGUUUCAAAAAACGGGUUUUUGAGAAACUGGUCAGAUUGAAUUUAUAGCAGCAAUUUCCAUUGCUGAAGUGAGGCGGCAGCUCUGUCAGCUGAAAAUUGUUUAAGAUGGGAGUGGGUGAAAAAGAACGCCUCUACAUUUGCUCUGAAAAAUAUCUGCGUAGAAGCAUGAGCAUUGUGUUGGAGGUGCCCUGGUUUAAUCUACACACUUAAAGACGGUACCUAAUCCUCCAAAUGUAAAUGGACAUGAAAAUAUAGUUUGGUAUUCUUUGCUCCACUGUUUACAUUACAGAUGGCUAUAAUUUCAAGGAGUUAUAUUAUAAAUGAAAUGCACUUUAGAUAGGACGUUUUCUAUUUUUGAAAUCUGAACAUGAAUCAUUCACAUGACCAAAAAUUGUAUUUUUUAAAAGAAAUACAUGUCUAGUCUGUCCUUUUCAGUAAUUAUUCUUCAAAAUAAGCUAUAAUAUAAAUCAAAUCAUUACCAGUUAACUUUUAAAGCACAUCUGUGUAAGAGUAUUGUUUUGAAAAUACUAAUAUGCUACAGAAUUUUUAAAAAGAGGAAAAGCUAUAUAAGUGAGAAGCUACUAAAUGUUUUGAGAUCUGUUGUUUCUGCAAAAGGUAAAUUAAGUAAAGGAUUUUUUUCAGGAAUCCCCAUUCAAAUUUGUAUGAUUGAAUAAAAGAAACGCCAAGUUAUAGUAAAAUAAAUUGUGUAUGCAAUGUCA